GACACUCAUUUCUCCUGACUAAGGCAGCGAACAAAAUAUUGCUUGGCAGACUUUCCUUUUGGUUUAACUUUAAAAUCGACCCAAUUCUUUUUUCAGAAUGUUGCAGCAUUUUAAAAAUCAACACAAAAGGACCAUCGAAUGAAACACAAAGUAUUCGAUUGGGUAUAUAUCACCGAGAAGGUGAAUUCUCUGGGAAACCAGCUUAUGUGCACUCUCAAAGGACCGAAAGGCUAUUCUACAUUUCUGGGCGUGCCCGAGGUUUGUGGAUGGUGGGCCCCGAGCUUGGCCGAUUCAGCGGAGGCUUAGCCAAUCGAGGAGAUACCCAAUGCCCAGAGGACAUUCUUCGACCAUGGAAAUACGCCGACAUAUCGGGUUGGAAAACCGACCCCGAUCUCACCAUUGAGUGCCACCAAUUGGAAAACGAAUGCCUUUACGCUGACAAUACGGCCUUAAUGGGUGGCGAUCUUCGAGUGGAUUCCGAUGGCAAGCCUAUCCCAACCAUCGUGACUGGUACUACCCGUUGCAUCGACCUUUGUAAUCGGACGCCUGAGUGUCAAUACUGGGUCAUAUCCAAACAAGGUCAGAAGAGCCAGUGCAUCCUCAAGAAGUGGAAAGGCCGACUAGUCAAGAAGGAGGGAUAUGUGUCCGGAUCGCUCCCCAAAGCAUGUUUUUCAGUGAAUAAACGCCCAAGAAACGAUGAUGGCCCUGUGGAAGUCCAUCAGAUUGAAAGUGACGAAACUGGCGCUAGUUCCUCGAACCAAACUGGCUAUAAAGGGCACUCGGGUAAGACUUGCCAAUUGCUUUCAACAAGCUUGUCCUAAAUGGGCAUUGAUAUAAUAUUUGCUAGUGGGGUACUGGAAUAUGACCUCUUCCGCCAUGGCACUGAAACAUGACAAUAACAACACGAAGAUAUUGCCGUCAAGUUCAAUGACCAUAAAAACCCAAGUGCUGGAAUUGUACAAGAUAAUUUUGUGGUGGACAUGAACGUUCCGACAAUUUGUCUCGCUCAGAUCCUCCAUCAUCUGGCUUUCUUUGUGCUUUUUAGAAUGUAUCUAUGAGAACCUGCAGUUUUCCGGAGGCAAUCUGAAAACUAUCAACGACACGACUUUUUCCUCGUGCAAGAAUGCUUGCGAAUUUCUGCCAGAUUGUACUUUCUUCAGUCUGAAAGCGGGGCAAUGCCUCUUGAAGAGUGAGCACGUUGAGAUCGAGCGAGAGCUGGGAGUUCUAUCAGGAAUGACGGACGAGGCAUGUGGUAAGUCUGCAUAGAGUAUCCGGCAUGGCCUUUGGCAAAUGGAAAAUAAAAUCGCAACCAAAAUAUCAUGAGUGACAAAUAGGCCUCCUCACCACUAUCCGAUUGUGGUAAUUCUCUAGAUGCUUUUACACGCAA